AUGAGGCCGCGCGACCCUGCUCUACGCGAGCAUCAGACAUCCAAUUCCACCGCAAAUGCCUUUCUGGGCGGCCGCCGCAUGCCGUCCUGGCUGACCACCAGCCAGCCGCAAGUCAACGCCUCGCCGCUGGUGCCUUCGCGCAAGAGACCCGCCCCGCGAGACUUGGACGCCCCCAGGCGCCCGUCGAAGCCCGUUUCCAGCUCCGCCUCGCCGACGCUCCCUUGCGCUACCGCCGCCUCUGUCGCGCCCCAAGCUCCCGCCGUCGCCGCACAUAAUGCUUCGUCGAACCCUGCCUCUCCUGCACUACCCAACGUCGUUGCCUCCCACAUGUCCCGCGCCACGACCGCCGCCGCCGAGAACAGCAUCCUGCCCUCGCCCGCCCCGAGCGAGGACCCGGCCGUUCACCCGCCCGCCCCGAACAAAGACCCGGCCAUGAAUCGAGCGCGAGCGACGUCGAUCGUAAGCUUAGGCGAUGAGGAGGACGACGAGGAUGGAAGCCGGACAGACAAUCGUUUAGACGUCGGCGUAGCACCUGCUCCGAGCCGGAGCAUGUCGCUAGCUUCGGCCGAGAACAAUACGAGGGCCAUGCAAACCUCACUCGAGCAAGCAGAUGGCGUGGCAAACCCAUCUCGGGAAGAAGCACUUCGACGCCCCUCGGCACCCGAGUCUGCAAGCUUGCAAGCCCCCGAGGCCAAUGCGUCGGCGCAGACGGACCAUGUGGCCGUGGAGCAUGCACAAGCUGCAGCUGCACAGGAUCCUCAGCCUCACUUGACUUCUCACAGGAGAGCCACAUCGUGCCUCGCGGCUGAACUCUGCAUGAAGAGGCUGCAGGCACUGAUCCCUCUUUCUGCCGAUGGAAGAGGCCUGAGUGCCGUUGAGACCGUUAGAGUUGAUCUCGUCCGUGAAGCCGUUGAACGAGGAGACCACGACUACAUACAUUUCCACCAGCUCAUGUGCUUGAGAGCCAGCGCAUCUCGCCUACCAAUAACGAUUGCCCAAAAUAAUUUGGCACUGACGUCUCUGGAUCUUCUGAACCACUUAGUACAGACACGAGAAGUCACGAUGCCUUGGCUUCAACGGUUUGCGGAUUUUCCCGUCCCAAUCCAUGUUAUGCAGCAGCAAUGGCCAGAUGACUACAUGAAGCAGAUUUCCGUCUUCGACGAAUUCAUCGCUCGCGCUCGAGAAAAUGGAUGGGAAAAUAUGCAAAAGCUCUGCUUUGUCAAAAAGCUCCCGCCAACUGCCGUGGAGAUUGGAAGGGAAUUGGGCAUGCACUCCCCCAUUUUUCAGUCCGUCUUCCACCGGGCCAUCUUGCGGCGUCUUUGCGAUUUUCCAGAGCCCAAUACGCCUCCACAAGUAGACUUCUUUACUCGCGCCGAAGCUGCUUUCAGACUGCAUCAGCAACGCCUCGCGGAUAUUCCAUCGCAGUCGUUGAGUAUGCCAGAACACGGUCAAAGGCAGUUGAAUGAGGAGAUGUGGUACCGAGAACAGAUAAUCAACCUCCAGAGGCGAUAUCUCGCUCAAACAGAGCAGGCGAAUUUGCAGUCACGACGCAUGUCGGGACAAGGCCAGAGUCCGCAGCUACAGCUAAUGAGCAACUCGCCUGCUCAACGCCAAGGCCAAAUUCGGUCGCCAGCUCAGCCCAGCCCAUUCGCGCACCAAGCCUCUGUGCAAAUUGCACAACAGCAGGCUGUGCCCGGACAGCCAACGCCUCAGCCCUCAUUGCAGGUUGCCAUACCUCGAGCAAGAUCUGGUAGCUCACAAAUGAGCCCGUAUGGAGUGACGACACCAACUUCGACUUUGCAGUCGCCUCGUCCUGCAUCAUCAGUCCAAAAUAUGAAUAGGAUGAACUUCGUCCAUCAACAAAUCCAGCGACAGUCGCUUCCAAAUAACUUUCAAAUGGGGAUGUCUAUGAACGACAUCAACCUGGCGUCGCAUGGCCACAGCCCAGGGUCACAAAAUAGGUCCCAGAGACAGCCGCAAUCACCGAUGACACCUCAGUACCCUCCCUCUGGAAUUCAGCCCAUGAACGGGCAAAUGGUUCGUCCAGGCAUGCUAGCUGGUGUGUAUCAGCAACAGAUCUACCAGCAAGGCGUGCCACUCCCGAACGAUGCACAGGGCGGUCAUCGACAAAUACAGGCACACCAGGUAGUCCGUAGCAACGCUGCAUCUCCUGGUUCGGCAUCGGUGACGCGCCAUGUGGUUCACCAGGUAGAUCCAAGACGGGCCAACGGAGUGGGGAGAUCGCCGGUCCAGGUUCAAUCUCAGAUGUCACAACCGAUGAUUCCCCCUGUACAUCACAACUGGGCCCCACACAUCGUUGAUCCAAGUCAAUCGGCGCUCCACCAGUCGCACCUCUCAAGCCCUGUUCUGGAGGCCACUCCUAGGCCGGAGCUCGGUCGGAAGUUGUUUCAGUCUGUGAUUGCCUUCGCAAUCCCUCCGGAGAGACUCAAGGACGGUGCAGCCCAGCAGAAGCUCACGUUUCAAAUCACUGCAGAAGAUGAGGCGCACCUACCCCCACGAACCGAGGUCGCUCCAUUCGAAAUAAAUACCAGGAAGGUGACAGAACAGACCAGGAUGUACCGCCUGCGUUGUGCAAGGUCGGCAUCCAAGGCAGAGCACGUCUGGAUCCGGCAAAGCACUUGCUGGCCUGAGGGGAUGUUCUUGACUCUCAACGGACAGGUGCUCGAAAUGCGGAAGAAGCUGCAACAUACAAAGGAUCUUCCAAUCGACAUUACGCCCUAUCUUCGACGGGGCGAGAAUGGAAUAGAGAUCUCUUUGCUGAGACGUCCGGACGAAGAAAAGAUGUCGAAUUACCUUGUCGCUAUCGAGGUGGUUGGGAUUCAUCAUUACGACAAAAUCAAGACAGACUGCCUCUCGCAAAGACUGGUGCCCGCAGCGGAAGUACUUGGUUCGAUCAAAGGUACUCUGAGCGGGUCGGCAGAUGACGAUGAAAUAGCCAUUGUUGGCAGCAACGUCGCGAUAAGUCUCUUCGAUCCCAUGACGAAAUGUCGACAUUGCGACAUUCCCGUAAGAGGCAGGUGGUGUCUUCAUCGCGAAUGCUUCGACCUAGACGUUUUUCUCAACACUCGGCGUCGCAGUCAGAAACGGCCAGACAGUCCAAGCUCGGUGGACGACUGGAAGUGUCUGGUAUGCAAUGGCGACGCACGUCCAGAAAGCUUGGUCGUUGAUGGAUUCUUGAUGCAAGUUAUCACGGAGUUAUCUGCGGCGGGCCAGUCAGAGACGAGUGCCAUUAUCGUAGACAGUGAUGGCAAAUGGAAAGCCAAGCCCGAAGACGAUACACGUGCCUCACAGACUCGCACCUCGCAUGCCUCUACUCCAGUACUCCGGGAGCCUUCGGCCCCGUCUGCAGUCAUCGAGCUGGAGUAG